UUGUAAUAGAAAAAUCAAAGAUUUCAGUUUAUUAAAACCACCAAACCCUCAUUCUUCAAUGGACAUUUUGAUUGCACAUCAAAAUUAGCCGUUGAGAGGAUGAUCAGUCUCUCUCUUCCCUCUUCCGCCAAAUUGAUCCCGCCAUUGCUCAAACCCAUAAACCCUUCCCGCCAAAAAUUAUCGUCCAUCCAAUCCUUGAAGAACCCCAACUUCGAACCUCUCAAGAACCGUCUGAUUCGUCUGGCCAAUGUGGGCCACCUCCGCCAAGCAAUCUCCACCCUUGAUCUCAUGACCCAACGUGAACUCGCCCCAGACCUCAUCACCUACUCGGUCCUCCUCAAAUCCUGCAUCAGAACACGAAACUUUGAACUUGGAAAGCUUGUUCACAGCAAAUUGUCCGAGUCAGGACUCGAACUUGACUCGGUUGUGCUUAAUUCACUGAUCAGCUUGUAUUCUAAAUGUGGGGAUUGGGUAACUGCUAAUUCUAUCUUUGAGACAAUGGGUGAGAGUAGAGACUUGGUUUCAUGGAGUGCGAUGAUCUCAUGCUUUGCACAUAAUGGUAUGAAUUCAAAAGCAAUAUCUACAUUCUUUGAAAUGCUUGAAUUUGGAGAGAACCCAAAUCAAUUUUGUUUUUCGGCUGUGAUUCAAGCUUGUUCGAACGUUGAUAAUGCUUCGAUUGGGAAAGUAAUUUUUGGGUCUGUAAUAAAAACUGGGUAUUUUGAGUCUGAUGUGUGCGCUGGGUGUGCAUUGAUUGAUAUGUUUGCAAAGGGUUGUAGUGACUUGAACUCUGCAAAGAAGGUGUUUGAUAAAAUGCCUGAGAAAAAUGAAGUUACGUGGACUUUGAUGCUAACUAGAUAUUCCCAACUGGGUCAUGCAAGAAAGGCCAUUGACUUGUUUCUGGAAAUGGUAUUGAGUGGAUUUAAACCGGACCGCUUCACUUAUAGCAGUGUCAUUUCCAGUUGUGCAGAAUUAGAAUUGUUAUCAAUUGGGCAGCAAUUACAUUCUCAGGUGAUUAAGUUUGGAUUGGCUAUGGAUAUUUGUGUUGGGUGCAGUUUGGUGGACAUGUAUGCAAAGUGUGUAGGUGAUGGAUCUGUGAAUGAUUCAAGGAAGGUAUUUGAUCGGAUGCCUGAUCAUAAUGUCAUGUCUUGGACUGCAAUUAUCACAGGGUAUGUGCAAAGCGGAGGUCACAAUAAGGAAGCUAUUGAACUAUACGGCAAGAUGGUUCAGGGUCAAGUUUUACCCAAUCAUUUCACAUUUUCCAGCAUUCUCAAGGCAUGUGGAAAUCUUGCUGAUUCAGGGAUGGGUGAACAAGUUUAUACCCAUGCAGUUAAAUUGGGUCUUGCUUCAGCUGAUUGCGUGGGAAAUUCUCUUACUAGCAUGUAUGCUCGAUCUGGUAGGAUGGAAGAUGCACGGAAAGCUUUUGAUGUUCUAUUUGAGAAAAAUUUGGUUUCCUACAACACUAUUUUUGAUGGCUAUGCCAAGAAUUUGAAUGCUGAUGAAGCCUUUGAACUUUUCCAUCAAAUAAAGGAUGCUGGAAUCAUGUUUGAUGCUUUCACAUUCGCCAGUCUAUUGAGUGGAGCUGCAAGUAUAGGUGCCGUGAGUAAGGGCGAGCAAAUCCAUGCUCGCUUAAUUAAAGCUGCGUUCGAGUCAAACCAAUCCGUCUGUAAUGCUUUGGUCUCUAUGUACUCUAGAUGUGGGAACAUAGAAGCUGCUUUUCAAGUUUUUAAUGAAAUGGAAGAUCGGAAUGUAAUAUCGUGGACUUCAAUAAUAACUGGGUUUGCAAAACAUGGAAUUGCAAGAAGAGCUUUGGAAAUGUUCUACCAAAUGCUUGAGGAAGGUGUAAAGCCGAAUGAGAUUACAUAUAUUGCUGUUUUAUCAGCUUGUAGCCAUGUCGGUAUGAUUAAUGAGGGAUGGAAACUCUUUAACUCAAUGUUCAAAGAACAUAGAAUAAGCCCAAGGAUGGAACAUUGUGCAUGCAUGGUUGAUUUAUUUGGACGAUGUGGCUUUCUCGAAAAGGCUGUUCAGUUCAUUGACUCAAUGCCUUUCAAGGCUGAUGCUUUGGUCUGGCGCACCUUGCUUGGAGCUUGCCGAGUUCAUGGUAACACAGAGCUUGGGAAACAUGCUGCAAAAAUGAUUCUUGAGCAAAACCCAAAUGAUCCAGCAGCUUACAUUUUAUUAUCAAACCUGUAUGCUUCAACUGGUCAAUGGGAAGAUGUAGUGACGAUCAGAAAAUGCAUGAAAGAGAGAAAUUUGGUUAAGGAAGCAGGCUGUAGCUGGAUAGAGACAGGAAACAAGGUACACAAGUUUUAUGUGGGGGACACCUCUCAUCCCCAAGCACUGGAGAUAUAUGAAGAACUAGAUAAUUUGUCUCUCAGAAUAAAGGAUAUGGGUUAUGUCCCUAACACAGAUUAUGUUCUUCAUGAUGUGGAGGAGGAACAGAAGGAACAGUAUUUGUUUCAACACAGUGAGAAAAUAGCAGUAGCAUUUGGUCUUAUAAGCACAUCCAAGUCGAAACCCAUAAGGGUUUUUAAGAAUCUUCGUGUCUGUGGAGAUUGCCAUACUGCAAUCAAAUACAUAUCGAUGGCAACAGGGAGAGAAAUAAUAGUAAGGGAUUCAAACCGGUUUCAUCAUAUGAAAAAUGGGGUGUGUUCCUGCAAUGACUACUGGUGAUUAUGUUAUAUUGUUUUGAAAUGAAUGGAAGUGAUGGUCACAUUGAGAUGGGAGUUCUUUAUUCGGUGGAAAAAUCUAUUUAAGCUUACCCUUCUGAUCUGCAGUAGUGGGGAUUGGUUAAGGAAAAAUCCAAAGGGAUCAGUAAGUCCGAAUCAAUAUGAUAGAUUGCUUGCCGUGUAAGUUGCAAGCAUUAGAAGGUUCUCCACUGACUCGUCCUGACAACUUGCGUCUGGAUAUUCUAUUUGCAUCUGAUUUUACCCUUCAGGAUCCAUCUUCAAUGGGUGUGUUAGAUGUACAUGUACAAGCUGCAAUAUAUUUUUAUAUUGGCAAGUAAAACUGAUGUCAUUUAUUUUUUUAGUUUGAAAUCCCCAGGCUAAAUUGGGAAUUGUUAGCUGUGCUGUUCAUUUUGCUGCAUUGCUGUUGAGUCAAGGAUAUCUAUAUAUAUAUCUCAGAUAAGUAACUUUAA